GGGGUUGCGUCCGAGUCAAAUCUUUUCCCCCUUUCCAUCAUUUUCUCUACUUUCUGCAAUAACAAAAAGCAAUGGCAUUGGCAGCAAAUAAACAAUUCCAACACCCAAAAGGAUAGUCUACUCAUUCCCCAGAUUGAUGAGCAGUUGAAACAAACCGAGAUCUCACAACUCGCAAGUCCCAGUUGCGCACCACCACUCUCCUCCAAUGUUCCCGAGAUUGAUUCAGCCCCGUGAAGCCAUUUUGAGCCAAGAAAAUAUCCAGGUGCCCAACACUGGCGGAUAUGGUCAACGGGGUGGUGGGGACCCGUGCUUGGUCCUGACUUCCGACCCCAAGCCCCGCCUUCGCUGGACUGCGGACCUCCAUGAGCGCUUUGUCGACGCCGUGACUCAGCUUGGUGGAGCCAGCAAAGCUACUCCAAAGGCUAUAAUGCGUACAAUGGGUGUCAAGGGAUUGACUCUAUUUCAUUUGAAGAGUCAUCUCCAGAAAUACAGACUAGGCAAGCAAUCUGGGAAAGAAUUUAGUGAGGCUUCAAAAGAUGGUUCAUACCUUUUGGAUAGCCCCCGUUCCAGCAAUUCUCCUCAAAACGUACAAGCAUCUGACAUGAAUGAGGGUUAUGAAGUCAAGGAGGCAUUACGAGCACAAAUGGAAGUUCAAAGUAAACUACACUUGCAAGUUGAAGCUGAAAAACAUCUCCAGAUUCGGCAGGAUGCUGAGGUGCGAUACAUAGCUAUGCUGGAAAGAGCCUGCAAGAUGCUCGCUGCUCAGAUUCUUGGAGCUGCAGUCCCAGAUGAAGAUGGAGGUGGUUUUCAAGGAAAAGGAACAAAGGCACCAGAAAAUGGUUCUCAAAAUCCACUUGGAUCAUAUCCAUCACAAUCUGCCAAUGAGUUGGGAGCCCCUGGCCCUGCAGAAGUGCCUCCCAAUCUCCAUCAACAACUUGCUGAUUGUUCCACUGAAAGCUGCCUUACUUCGCAUGAGAGUCCUGUGGGAUUGCCUCCAGAAGGGUCUCCGCCUGGACGAAAGAGAGCAAUGCUAAACGUGGAUUCAACAAAUGCCUCGUUCGUAUGGGGUGAAUCUGAUGUGUAUACCCCGGAUUUGCACCUGGUACAAGUUAGUUCCCAUGGAAUAGCAGGGUGUGGUGUAAAUAUGUAUCAGCCCAAGGGUGUUCCUAGUUCAAGCUUAGCUCAAAGCAGUCCAGGUGUUCGAAGUCAGCCAUUAGACUGUGGUGCCACCACAAUGGAUCAUACUGGUGGAGGUAACAAUGUGAGCAACAAUCCAAAUUUGGCCUCUAAGCAGCGGCUUCGUUGGACACAUGAGCUUCAUGAACGAUUUGUUGAUGCUGUAGCGCAACUUGGUGGGCCAGAUCGAGCUACUCCUAAAGGUGUUCUCAGAGUUAUGGGAGUUCAAGGGCUAACAAUAUACCAUGUGAAGAGCCACUUACAGAAAUACCGGCUCGCUAAGUAUCUUCCAGAUUCUUCUUCUGAUGGGAAAAAGGCUGAAAAGAAAGAAUCUGGAGAUUUGCUUUCCAGCUUGGAUGGUUCAUCCGGAAUGCAAAUUACAGAAGCCCUCAAGCUGCAGAUGGAGGUUCAAAAGCGACUUCAUGAGCAGUUAGAGGUGCAAAGGCAGCUACAGUUGCGCAUAGAAGCCCAAGGAAAGUACCUAAAAAAGAUAAUUGAAGAGCAGCAACGCCUGAGUGGAGUUCUUUCAGAAGCGCCUGGUUCAGGUGUAUCUGCUCCAGGGACAGAGGAUAUCUGCCCAGAAGCUGAUAACAAGUCCGACCCCGCAACCCCUGCUCCAACAUCUGAGUCACCUUUUCUGGACAAGCCUGCGAAAGAACGUGCCCCUGCCAAGAGUCUUUCUCUGGAUGAAUCCUUCUCCUCUCAUCACGAGCCACUAACCCCUGAUUCUGGUUGUCACGUGACUUCACCAGUUGAGAGCCCAAGUGAGAGGCCAGGGAAAAAAAGACGUGGGAGCGCUGAUGCAGCGUUCACUAAACCAGAGAUGGUUCUCAGCCAUUCAAUAUUGGAGUCGAGCUUGAGCCCUCCUUACCAACAGCCACAUUCACUUUUCUUGACAAGGGAGCAGUUUGAUCAUUCAACGGGACUACCUAUUGGCAAUGAGAAUCAGCCGUUGGAAAAAGUCUCAGCCACUAACAUGUAAUUCGUAAUGAUGCAUGUUACUUGCAUAUCUGAGCUGCUUCUUUGACUUUGUAUGUGUAGUUUCUGAUACAUACCUGCAUUCCAUGAAAGAAUGAUAUUGGUACUUAGAUGUUAAGAGAAUACUAGGUUUAGAAGGGUUAACUUCAGGAUAUGCUUGAAACUUUUCUUUGAAGUUGGGUGGAAUGUUCAGAUUAGUAUCUUGGUAUUGUAGCUUUGCAGCCUCUUGUUGAGUUUCUUUUAGGUGAAGCCCCGAGGUUUGAAGGGGAUGUCACCUAUCUGCCUAAAUUCUGCCUCCUUGGUAGGCAGUGAUCCCUUGUAUGGUACUUAUGAGCGCUGCUCUCGGUUAUCUUCCACUUGUUUUGAUUAA